UACAGCUAUGCGGAGUCGAAUGUAACGUCGCUGAAAAGGACGGGCGCCACAGUCCUGCAUGGUGUCGAUGCGACAGAGAUGAAGAGUCACGCCCAUCUGAAGCUCAAUCGCUUCGAUCGCAUCCUGUUCAAUUUCCCUCAUGCUGGUUUCACUGGGAGCGAGACCCAGCAGCACAUGAUCGGUUCGCACAAGCAGCUCGUGGAGGCUUUCUUCCGCAAUGCAAUCCACCUGCUUCGUCCUGAUGGUGAAAUCCACGUCACUCACAAGACGGGACAUCCGUACCGCAGUUGGGAGAUCGAGCAAUUAGCCUCCGAGUCUGCACUUGUUAUGUUUAAGAUGACUUACACCAACAAAAAAAGUCAGGCAACUGACAUAUAGUCGGUCCCUUGUUUUUGGGUGUAGAUUAUUCCAGUAUAUUGAAAAGAUAAACAUGUAUCUUGUCUGCAA